AUGUUUCACGGCAACUCCCACGAUACUCGCCAACGCCUGCAUGACGAGGUCCAUCAGGAGGAUUCGCCUUCGCGCCAGCCCGUUGAUCUCGAUAGCGACGAGGAAAUGCAAGCCCCCGGGAGGAAAGACACCAGGGUACCCGGUUUUGGUGCAAACCCCAUCAUAAAGACCAUGUACGAAGACAAAACUUCAGGCGGCGUCAAUCAAUGGACGGACGAGUCCCGGAGACAGAUCUCGAAAGAGGCUGCCGACGAUCAGGACAGUGCCGCCAUCAAGCUUUUCAGGAUCAAGGACCAUGGCAAGGUCGGGCUCAAUGGUGAUUAUCACUGGAAAAUCUGCCGUGUCGAUGUGCAAAAUCUUCGACUGGUUUCUGCCCUCGCCCCCAUCCUCAAAGAGGAGAACGUACACCUUGACCCUCGAAGCGUUGCCACUUUCAGGGAGCCCUUUCGUCCCCUUUGGUUUCAACAGAGGAAAAUUGUGGACCUCUUCUGCGAAAAGCACGAUGACCCGCUUGAGCCCUUCCUCAAGCUGUUUGUUGACAUACUUAACGAACUAUUCCGGGCCCUAAGUGCCAAGACAGCCAAGCUUCUCCAGAGUGAGCUAAUCGACUUCAGCACAGCCUGGACACUGUUUCCUCGCAACUCCAGUGUCUACAGCUACUGCAUGGGCUCCCAUACUCUCAGAAAGGUUGAUUCAGCCGAGUACCAGGGGAGCCGAGGUAACUGCCAGCUUGUCAUCACCUGCAAGACCAUUUCAUUCUCCGGCGAGGGCUUCUACUGGAGCAAAAGGUAUCUGGUCAUCCCGGGCUUUACUGGCAAUAAACCUAUUCGCAAACUCGGUUGCUAUCCCUUUGAGUUCCACAACGACAAAGACUCGAUUACGGAGCGUCUCACUGCGCGAGGCAGAAAGGUUCUUGACCUGCAGGGCGUCGCGUACCGUACCUACAAUGGCAUCGCCAUAUAUGAGGACGAGCGUGGCAGGCUGAGGCAACAUGUCAACGGCCGCAUCCUAAUCGACGCAUGGGGCUAUCACAAGUAUCACUUAAACAUGGGACAGCGAGAGAAAAAUGAUCCUGCGAAGGAGUGGACGCGGGACCGACCAGAAGACAGCAAUUCCAAUGACCAGCAACAGAGACUCAGUGACGAGGACCAGGUCAUCAACGAGAAUGAGAUGCUUCAGAAACCCGAUGAACUUGUCUUCAUGAAUGAGAUAAUUAGUGGCUUUUCCCUGAAGAUGAAACUGUGGUGCCAAUUCUUCGUCGAAGACAUUCAACCCAUGACUUGGAACUGUGAGGCUUACUCACAACUCGUGCUUGAUGAGCAGAAAAAAGACAUGGUCCUUUCCGUUGUUCGGAGUCACAACAUGACUAACGGCACUUCAACGACCAUGCAAGAUCUGGAUAUCAUCGCCGACAAAGGACAAGGUCUUAUUGUCCUGCUCUCGGGCCCCCCUGGCACAGGCAAGACUCUGAUGGCCGAAGCCAUUGCAGAUCGUCUCCAUCGGCCGCUCUAUCACCUGCAAGCCGAUGACUUAGGCACCGACGUCGCCUCCUUGGGUGCCAAAUUUCAGCGCACCUCGAAGAUUGCAUCGGCGUGGAACGCGAUAAUCCUGCUAGACGAGGCAGAUGUCUUUAUUGCUCAGCGGGAGCCCCGCGAUGUUGAUCGCAACGGGCUGUUCUGCGCUCUUCUUCACGAGCUUGAGUAUUUUAGCGGCAUCAUCUUUCUCACAACAAACUUGGUUUGCAUCGAUAGUGCGUUCCGCAGCAGGGUCACCAUGCACCUCGUGUUCCCCCCUCUCACGCGGGAGGCGCGGGAGAAAAUCUGGCACAUGUUCCUCAACCGUCUGUCGCAGAAGAGAAGACGUAUAUCGGAGGGAGGGGUGUCGGACGAGCCCCACGAUGAAACCUACGCCAUAUCGCUGGAUGAAAAGGACAUCGCCCAGCUAGCUUUAUGGGAGCUUGACGGCAGAGAGAUCAAGAUAGCCACCCAGACAGUCAAUACCUGGUGCCGGAACGAGAACUAUGCCAUGACGCUGGCUCGAUUGGAACAUGGAAUCCGAAUGGUGAAGCCAGACUCCAGAAAGAGUGAAGAGAAGAAUCGGGAGCUGUACAGCACAGAAACUAACGUUAAGAGCUGGUUAGCGGGCCAGCAGCAGAUUGGACAACUGUGA